UUAAGUUAGGAUAUGUUAGGUUUUAAUACAUAUAUAUGCAGUCGUGCACAUAUUCACACGAUGGUUUGCUCUGUUAUUGUACAAAAGUGAUUACUUAGCGUCAAUUGAUACAGAACGGUGAAUUCCGUAGUUAAUCUUUCUCCGUUGAAUGUAUAUUCAUAAAUGACACAAUGUUGCAAAAUUACAGAAUAGAAAUGAGAACGAGCGACAGGUAUACUCGUCAUAAGUGUAUUGCUUAAGUUUCGUAAUGACGUAUCCCGGGUUAGUACUCCUUGUCGGAGUUGGAAUUGGACUAGCGACGUUUCUGUAUUAUGUGUUCAACGAAAAUCGCGAGGAGGGACAGCAACAUUCGUAUUCUAGAAAUGGGAGACCGCCGGAGGAUCGCUCUUAUGAAGAUCGCUCUUGGUCGAUAUCGUCGCAUAAGGCUGAAAACACGACAUUCAAUAGAAGGAGUUCAUCAAACUCUAUAAAAAGUAAAGAUGGGAUAGAACCAACAACGAGUAAAGAUGAUAUAAGCUAUUGUUCAAUCUGCCAAUAUGCAUUAAUUGAACCGGAUGUAACGCAAUUGCGUCCUUGUAAACAUAAUUUUCACAAAGAUUGCAUUAAUGAAUGGAGAAAAUAUGAUCCUGGGGCUUCUUGUCCUAAUUGCAGACGAAAGAUCAGACAAGCAAUAUAAAUUCGUCAUAAACGUACAAUCAGCUUGUACAGCAUUGCGUGAUAAAUAUUAAAGAUCGAUUCAGACAGAUCCGUGCCGUAUCCGUUUCGUAUCCGUACGUCCGAUAUCCGCGACGAUAUUUUCAACUUUUUGCAUUUGCAUUAGUCCGCGACAUCAAAAACACAUUUAAGAAGGGACAGUGAGAAAUUAAUUGAAUUAGUACGAUAAUACGUGGAACUGUAUGAUCUGUCACGCCCAAAAUAUCUGCACAAUACGGAUACGACACGAAUAUGUCUGAAUCGAUCAUAAUUGUUAUAUAGUUACUUUUUUCUUUAUUAUAAUUAUAUAUGUUCGAAAGUAAAACAAAAUAUCUCGAUUUAUAUCUCAUCAAGGUAUUUUCAAAAUUAAUAGAUUACAUAUUUCGUAGAAAAAAAGAAAAAAGACUUUUCUGUAUAAAGAUUAUACAUAGUCAUGUAUAUAAGUGACUCCUGGUUGUUAGAUUUUUCAUUUAUAAAUAAAGUAAAUCAUCAUCCGCCCAAUUCUCGAGCAAGUAAAUCUAAAAUUUUAUCUGAUGUAAAAAUAAAACAUUUUACAGCUCUUAAGGUUUGUUAAAAAUCAAUUGCUCUUAUUCUUAUUUCGCUCGAGCUGAAUGAACAUUUUUGAUAUAGUUCUUUAUAAAUGAAUCUGCGCUUUAAUUAUAAGUAAGUGAUCAGUAUCACAACUUGUAAUUUAUUUACAUAUACGUAUAACCGGGAGUCUUUUGUAUAUUCAGGUUUUUUGUUAAUAUUUACAAUUUACAUUUAAAUUUAUAUAUUAUUUGACUGUUAUAUAAGGAACAAACGAUUACAGAAAUAAGCAAAAAUUGAGAUAUUAUUCUAAGUUUUCCCGGGAUUAAAUUGUGAGCUGAAAAGUUCUUUAUUGCUUUACCUUCAACGAAUAAUUGAAGAUCUUCAAUCUUAAGUUAUGAUAUCUCGAUAAUUAUUUGUUGAUGUAAAAAAUGAUAAAAGAUUUUUCGGCUCGAUAUAGUAUCAGGGAUACGGUGUUAGAAUAAUGCUCCAACUUUUGUUUACGUUCUGUAUAUAAAUGCACAAAUAUAGAGUUUAUUACAUAAGCAAAAGAUUUGUGAUUGCAAAAUCUGAGUACUUUCUAACAAAAACCUAUUCAAAUGUAAUUUUUUUUCUAUUGUUAUUGUCUUCAAUUUAAUAGAAUAACCUCGUUGCAUUAAAUUGCGAUUUAAUGAGAUUAUCUAUGCUUAGCUUGAGGAUUGAUGGUACAAAUUUAAAUUACAUUUACUUAGAAAUCAGUAAAUUAUACCUGCAAAAUAAUAAUACAGUAGUUGGCAGCGUUUUAUGUGUAAGAAAUUAAUAGGUUGAUUUAUAUUUAAUAAAAUCAUAAAAAAUAGAUCAUGUAUAAAAUAUAUUGUACCAAUAUCUGACAGUGUUGUGUAUGAAUAAUUAAUAUAAUAAUACGCUACUCUCUC